UAUAUGUGGGUACUCAUAAUAUUGUAGAUAUACCUUCAGUCUGGAAUAAAGCAUCAGCUGUGUUAACGUACUCCCGUUGUUUUAAUCAGAUAUCUCAUUGGCGACGACGGUGAACAAGUGAAAAGGCUAUUUAUCGCAAUAAUAGCUAGUGAAACGCGUGCAAAACAGUAUAAAAUAUGUCUAUCGGCAAAAUUCGCGAGUUCGACAUUGAGAAUGGCAAUUGGGACUUGUACUGUGAACGACUCGAAAUGUACUUUAAAGCUAAUUCUGUGGACAGUGAUAAACAAUUAUCGACGUUAAUUGCUGUGGUUGGUGAUCGGUGUUACGAGUUAAUGACAAAUUUAGCGAGUCCUAAAAAACCGUCGGAGUUAUCUUUCACGGAGUUAGUAGCGUUAGUGCAAGGUCAUUUAAAACCGAAGCCGUCCAUAAUGGCGGAGCGAUAUCGUUUUCGGCUUAGAAGGCAAGCGGCGGGCGAGUCUAUAUCGCAAUAUAUGGCGGAGCUAAAGAAGUUGGCGCGAACUUGUGAUUUUAAAGACAAUUUAGCGGACAACCUUAGGGACCAAUUUGUAUGCGGCGUGAGUGGGGACGUUAUACGGCAACGGCUGUUUGCGGAAGAAGAUUUAACGUAUGCCAAGGCGGUGACCUUGGCGUGUUCGUUGGAGGCGGCAGAGCGUGAUGCUGCAAUCAUGACGGGCGGCGGCGGCGGUCGAGCCUCCGGGGAGCCCGCGGGAGCGGUGCAUCGCGUAGUGGCCAGCGCGGGGGGCGGCGCGGGGCGCGGGGCCGGCCGGCGGCCGCCAGCGCAGCGCCAGCAGAAGGAAACAGGUUUUAGUGCGCGGGAAACAUCUGGAAGUAUAGGCGGUGCAACGCAUUGUACUGCCUGUGGCGCCACAGAUCAUUGUUUUUCUACGUGCAAAUUUAAGGAAUACAUAUGUAGUAUGUGUCGGGUGCAGGGGCAUUUGCGCCGGGUGUGCCCCAAAAGGCUGUCUUACAAUGAAAAAGCGGCCCGAGGGCGCAAUGGCGGCCGACCACGGGCCUAUUUUGUUACCGGAGGAAAUAGCGAAGAGGAAACAGACGAGUCAGAGGAAGAGGAGGAAGCGUUAUACAGAGUUUCGUUAAGCCAGUACAAGCCGAUAUAAAGAAGUUUUCGAUGGGGGGCUCGGGUGCUACAACGGUGGGACGGCGACGCUGCGCGUGCGCGAGGG